UCUUCAUAUAUAACUAAGUCCAGGGUCUCCCCUUAAUUUCACUAAAUAACAUCAAAGAUUCAAAACUUCCAUCAAUUAAUUCUGCAGUAAGUUUUGUUUCCCUCAAACAUGUCUUCUUCUCUAAGAGCCACCAUGUCAUAUAAUUCUAAAUCAAGCUUUGAUGAGCAACUAUGGGUGAUUCAUAUCCGGAAAACCCUCGAAGAAGAACUCGAGGACGAUGGACAAUAUACUGUGUCCAUCUUCAACGUGCCGAAGCUUCUUAUGGCAAGUGAUCCAGAUUCUUAUGUCCCGCAACAAAUUGCAAUCGGUCCGUACCACUAUUGGCGUCCGGAGUUGUAUGAGAUGCAAAGGUACAAGCUUGCAGCAGCUAAAAGGUUCCAGAAACAGCUACAAGGCCACAAGUUAGACAACCUUGUUUGCCAAUUGGAAAACUUGGAGCAGAGGAUCCGAGGAUGCUACCACAAGUUCUUGGAUUUCAACUGCGAAACAUUGGUGUGGAUGAUGGCGGUUGACGCCUUGUUCUUACUUGAGUUCCUUCAAGUCUUCGCCAUACAAGAAGGUGCAAAGGUCCCUUUGGUUUCCUCUAGCAUGUCUCAUUUGGUGGACUAUGCUGGCAAGAAAUCAGCUCACAAUGCAAUAUUGAGAGAUUUUGUGAUGCUUGAGAAUCAAAUCCCUUUGUUUGUUCUGAGAAAGAUGCUGGAGUUGAAAUUCUCAUCACUGGAAACUGCAGAUGAGACUCUUCUCUUGAUGCUCAUAGGGCUGUUUAAAGAGAUUUCUCCUUUCAAGAUGAUUGAGGAGUUUCCAAACAUUAAUGUCUCAGAAAGUGCACACUUGCUUGAUUUCUUGUAUGAUGUGAUUGUUCCACAAUUGGAUCAGAAAAUACCUGACAUGAUUGAAGUUGUGUUUGAACAAGAAGAGGAGCAUCAAGGAAAUGAAAAAUCAAAUGCUGAAAUAGGCCAAGUCAAGCAAUUCUUAAGUGAAUUGUGGAAUCUGCUUUCAAAAUUGAACAAAGGGCCAGUGAGUUUGGUGAAAAAGGUACUUGUAUCUAGACCUCUAAAACUCAUAGUUAAGUUGCCUUGGAAAAUUGUAUCAAACAUUCCAGGACUUAAACUUAUGAAAGAACCUGUUGAGAAUUUAUUUUUCUCUCAAGAAAAAGGUGAUGAUGGCAAACCAGAAGAUGAGAAUUCAGGCUCGAAAAGUCUAAUGAACAAGCCGCCCUCGAUGGAGGAAAUCACGAUUCCAUCUGUCACAGAGCUCUUGAAUUCCGGGGUUCGUUUCUUGCCCGUCAAGGGAAGCAUAUCACAAAUCAGCUUCGAUGUGAAAACAUGCUCGUUUUACCUUCCCAUGGUCUGUUUGGACGUGAACACAGAACCUUUCCUGAGAAACAUGGUUGCAUAUGAAGCUGCGGUUCGGUCUGGGCCAUUGGUAAUUACCCGUUACACCGAAAUGAUGAACGGGAUCGUAGACUCAGAGGAGGAUGCGAAGAUUCUGAGAGAGAAAGGGAUUAUUCUGAGCCACUUGAAGAGUGAUAAAGAGGUGGCUAACUUGUGGAAUGGGAUGAGCAAGUCGUUGAGAUUGUCUAAGGUUCCAUUCUUAGAUAAGGUGAUUGAGGAUGUGAACAAGUAUCAUAACAGCAGAUUGAAGGUUAAGAUUUGGAGAUUCAUGAAGGUUUAUGUGUUUAGUUCUUGGCAGUUUUUGACAUUUAUAGCUGCUAUCUUCCUCUUGCUUUUGACAGCCAUGCAAUCCUUCUGCUCUGUCUAUACCUGCAAUCGCUUCUUCAACUCUGCGCUACAGCAAAAGCCAAGUAAUUGAUAUGAGUGUGUGCAAAGUUAAUUAAAAGUUACCCAAAUUCAGGAUAUGGUAUUUACUUCUUUAAGUCUCGUUCUUGGAAUUGUACCUUUUAUAUAUUGUUUUCAUGGUAUUCACUUUAUUAAUUCUGGAUUUUAUUACAACAAACUCCAAUUUGGUCACA